GAAACAAUUGGAAACUCACUACACGACUAUGGAAAAGACCUACCAGGGUCUCUACACGACGCUGCUGCGCGAGCACGAGGAGGUGUUCGCCAAGCAGGACCUGGCACAGCUGCGCGCCUUCAUGGACGCCAUCAAGAGCUGCGACGGACGCGUCUUCGUGCUCGGCUGCGGCCGUGAGGGCAUCGCCGCCCGCUCCUUCGCCAUGCGCCUGACGCACCUCGGCAAGAAGGUGCACUGGCUGUGGGACGACACCACUCCUGGCAUGCACCCCGGCGACCUCUUCAUCUGCGUCAACGGCUCCGGUGCGAUCGGCAACGUGAUGUACGUAUACGAACAGGCUAAGAAGACAGGUGUCGACAUUGCCAUGAUCACCGGCGACCCGAUCCGCUGCCCGAAGGACGUCAAGCACACGCUUUUCAUUCCCGCAAUGGUCUACCGCGGCACGUGCCCGGACGUCGUCCACUCCGACCAACCCAUGGGCAACUUAUUCGAGCAGCACCUCUUCCUGCUGUUCGACGUGAUCGUGAUGAUGUUGGAGAAGGAGGUGGGUCAGAGCCACGACGCGAUGGAGGCGCGCCACCGCAACAUCGAGUGA